CCGCCCCGCCCCUGUGCUCCCGGUGGCGGCGGCGGCGGCAGUGGUGGCGGUCGCCCCCAUGUCGGGCCCGCGGGGCGCCCUGCAAGCCUGGUGCCGCCGGCAGUGCGAGGGGUACCGCGACGUGGACAUCCGCGACCUCAGCGCCUCCUUCCGCGACGGCCUGGCCUUCUGCGCCAUCCUGCACCGGCACCGGCCCGACCUCCUAGACUUUGAUUCUCUUUCCAAGGAUGAUGUCUAUGAGAAUAACCGCUUGGCCUUUGAAUUGGCAGAGCGGGAGUUGGGCAUCCCAGCCCUGCUAGAUCCCAAUGACAUGGUCUCCAUGAAAGUCCCCGACUGCCUCAGCAUCAUGACUUAUGUGUCUCAGUAUUACAACCAUUUCAACAACCCCAGCCAAGCCGGCGUCCCUCCACCUAUGAAGCGCCCAGCUGCUGACUCCUCUCCUCCUCUGCUGUCCCACAAGAAGCCCGUGGCUGCAGUCGAGAGUCCCCCAGCACCACAGGACGAUGCCCACUCAGACCCACUGGAGCGGUCCCAGCGCACCACGCUCAGCAGUACCUGCACAGCCUGCCAGCAGCACGUCCAUCUGGUCCAGCGCUACCUGGCUGAGGGCAAGCUCUACCACCGCCAGUGCUUUAGGUGUAAGGAGUGCUCCAGCACACUGCUCCCGGGGUCAUACAAGCCCGGGUCAGAGGCAGGGACUUUUGUCUGCACACAGCAUCGUGGUAAAUUGGCCAUGAGCGGGAAGGCAGAGAGGAGGCGCAGCCCAGACCGACAGUCACCAGAGCUAAGAACUGAAACUGAGGCUGGCAGCCCGGGUGAGGAUGGCUUCCACACAGGAACAGAGGUGGGGAAGAGCGAUGGUGACUCCCUGGAGAGCACGGCAGAGACCCAUGUGCCUGCAGAGGGGCUGGCUAGCCCGGUGGCGAAGGACAGCACGGCCAGCAAAGCAGAGCCAGUGAUGCUCCCUGCUCAGGUCUCCCAGACUCCGCCCAGACCUCCCCUUCCCAGCAAGCCCACAGCGCUCCCUCAGGACAAAGCCAGCUCGCUGGAAGGACGGCUCAGAGACACACGGCCCACCCCUGCCCCGAGGAGGGCCACCGAUGCCUCAGCCCUCUCCCCUCCUACCUCUCACCCUGUCCCUCGGCCCAGGUCCACUCUGCAGAGCGAGGGCAGCGAGUGUGUGCCUGGCAUGGUGAAUGGUAGGGUACCUGAACCCAGCCCCCCUGUCCCAAAACCCCGAGGGAGACCGUGCUCCUCUGAUCGUGCUGGAGUUGCUGCAAGAGCCAAGGACCCACCAUGGAUGGCCUUGGUGCAGGCAGAGCCCAAGAAGAAGCCAGCUCCCCCUCCUCCCCCGGGCAGCAGCCACGAGACUCCAAGUAGGACUCCAGAGGAGGAAGAUGGGGAGGAGGUGGGGAAAGCCAGGAGUGAGGAGAGCAGGCCUGAUGCCACAGAGCCCAAACCGUACAACCCCUUUGAGGAGGAUGAUGAGGAAGAAGCGGAGGGCGCUGACACCCAAAAGAGCACACCUGAGCAGGAACAGAGCGAGGCUGCUCCCAGGCCUCUCCACCCCUGGUAUGGCAUCACUCCCACCAGCAGCCCAAAGACGAAGAAGCGGCCAGCUCCACGAGCCCCCAGUGCUUCCCCACUAGCCCACCACCCCAUCUCCAGGCUGUCACACUCUGAGCCAUCAUCCUCCACCCCCUCUCCAGCCCUUAGCCUUGAGAGCAUCAACUCCGAGAGUUCAGCCAAGGUGUUGGGUGACACCGAUGAGGCCUCGGUGCCCAAAAGUUCCUCCGAGCCCACUGUCCACACGCCGACGGCCACCAAGACCUCUAGCACUGACACGCCGCUGGCCAGCGUCUCCUCCAGCGAGAGCCCUGCUGUCCCAGCCAGCCUCUCCACCAACUCCUCCUUCUCGUCCUCCAGCGAGCUGGCCAGCUUCAGCGGGGAGGCGCAGCCCAGCACCCUGCAUGGCAGCAGGAGCGUCUCCACCGGCAGCUUAAAGACCAGCCCCAGUCGGCAGCCCCCAAAGCCUCCAGCUGGGGCUAGCCCUACACCCAUCCUCUUGGCUUCAGAUGGGGGUGCUGGGAGCCCCAAGCCACCUGCCUCACCCAAGCCACAGCUGAAGUCUUCCUGUAAAGAGAACCCCUUCAACCGAAAGCCAUCUCCUGCUGCCUCCCCCUCUGCAAAGAAACCUCCCAAGGGCUCCAAGCCAGUGCGUCCUCCUGCACCAGGUCAUGGCUUCCCACUGAUCAAACGCAAGGUGCAGACAGAUCAGUACAUCCCCGAGGAAGACAUCUAUGGGCAGAUGGAUGCCAUCGAGCAUCAGCUGGACCAGCUGGAGCACCGUGGGGUGGCCUUGGAGGAAAAACUUCGCAGUGCUGAGAAUGACAGCCCUGAGGACAGCCUGCUUGUGGACUGGUUCAAGCUCAUCCAUGAGAAGCACAUGCUAGUGCGCCACGAAUCGGAGCUCAUCUACAUCUUCAAGCAGCAGAACCUGGAGCAGCGGCAGUCAGAUGUGGAGUACGAACUGCGGUGCCUCCUCAACAAGCCAGAGAAGGACUGGACUGACGAGGACCGAGGGAGGGAGAAGGUGCUGAUGCAGGAGCUGGUGACCAUCAUUGAGCAGAGGAACGCCAUUGUGAACUGCCUGGAUGAGGACCGCCAGAGAGAAGAGGAGGAAGAUAAAAUAUUGGAAGCCAUGAUUAAAAGGAAAGAAUUUCACAAGGAGGCAGAGACGGAGAGCAAGAAGAAAGGCAAAUUCAAGCCCAUGAAGGUGCUUAAGCUGCUGGGCAACAAGCACGACUCCAAGAGCAAGUCUCCCAAGGAGAAAAGCUAGAGCGGGGGAACCUCAGCAGCAGGAGGGAUGUGCUGCCCGACUGCCCUGGCCUCCCUGCAGCUAGCUGGGAUUCCUGCCAGGAAGGGGGCUUGUCUCCCUCCACUCCCCUCGCCUCUCCCCAUGCUCCCUCCCCAGGCACUGGAGCUGCUGCCCUGGGGAGAUGCCAGUCCUCUGCCCAGCAUGAGGCACUCUGACCAAAGCACUCCCCUUCCCAAGGCUGUGGAGGAGCAUGACUGUCCCUGCUCUGUGAAGCCUUGCUAAGGAGGCGAGGAGAAAAUGGAUUUGCUUUUCGGAUACGUUACCCCAUUGCGUGUUCUUGUCAUUAACUGAAAAGCAAGCCCCAAGGAGUUUUGUGUUUGUGGGAAAACUUGCACUAACUGCUCCCUCCCUGUCCCUUCUCCCGCUCUAACUGUGACAGUUCCACGUGCCUCUGACCUCGGCCAGGAGGGGACUGGGCCUGCCUGUCCCUGCCUGCCUGCCUGCUUUUGUCCUCUUUCUGUCCCAUUUUUAACUUCGGGAGAAAACUGUUGCAUUAGAGCCAGGAUUCUUUGGGUUUUACUGGCCUAAACUAAAAUGUUAGGAAAACACUCCCGUGUCACAAGGCUCUAGAGCCACAGCCAAAACCAUAACUGGUGCCCUAUUUAUUUUGAGCUGUCCCCUCCCUUGAGCGCCAGAGCUGGGUGGGCUCCGUUACUGGGCUGAGAGGACCCAAGGGGACGGUGUACAGCUGCUAGGACAUAGCUCACGCGCCCUACUCAGGACAUCUUACCCCACACUGCUGCUAAACACCGCUGACGUUGCUGCCAUUGGAGAGAGGGAGGAACAUUCCUUUUCCAGGCAAGGGCAGAAAAGCUCAAGACAGUGCCAGCAAGGGGCACUACGCUGGUGCUCCUGCCCACCAGUGCCACCCUUGAGCAGCUGGGGAGAGCGGCGCAGUCACAACUGACCUUCACCCAGCUUCAUCUGUGUAUGCUUUAAAAGCGUGCAGGGGUGGGCUGGUUGUUUUUUACACCUCCUUUACUAGAUGAAUUCAAACCCACCUGAAAACUUUUAAAACCCCUUAUUUUAUUUGUCAUGUGUGUGUGCGUGUGUGUACAUUGGAGGAGGGAAUGGGUUGGGGGCAGAGUUCUUCCAACCAUCCCUUCCUCCUUCCAUUUUUGUUUCCCACCUUCUCCAAGGUGAGGAGUUAUUUAUUGAAUUGUUGGAUCAGUCUGAAUUAGGGCUUCAUGGGUGCUUGGUUGGUCAGGUGGUUCAUCAUGCCUUCUCAUUUGCAAACCAGACAUAACAAGCCCCAAGCAAUCUGCUGCAGUCCCUUCUCAAAACCCAACAGGCUUUAGCCAAAAUGCUCUCAGAGCAGAGCAGUGCCUUGUGAGGUGGCUGCCGUAGCAUUCUGGAAAGGGAUCCUCGUUUCCCAAAGCCUGAGGGACCCCAGCCCCUCCUCAGUGCCAGCACAGCCCCCGUGGCUGGGAGGUGGCAAGCUCAGCCCUGCGCUGGUGAUGCCAUUUCACUCUUGCCAUACCCCAGCAGGCUGAUGAGGAACAGUGGGAGGGGAGAUCCCAAAGCACAACUCUUCUCCAAGGAGAAACAAAUCCACUUUAGAGCCUGCUGUCAGGUCACUGUUGCCAAAGGCCAUCGGGAUCGUGCAGCCUGACACCCCUUGGCCCUGCGCCCGGUCAGGGGAUCGAUUUGUGAAUUAUACUGUACUAACUCCGUGACUUCCAUUCACCUGAACAGAAAUAAAAGAAACAUUGGAUUGAAAAACUGG